ACGGGCGCCUCAGGGCUUUUAUAUAGUAAAAGUCAUUGUAGUGAAUGUGAGAAAGAGAAAUUUUUGGCGGCAAAAGUUAGAGUUAAAGUUUAAAGUGAUGGAAUUAUUCAAGUAAAUACCAUCAAAUGUCUGAGUGAAAUGGAAUAGCAGAAAAGUAAAAACAAAAAAAAUAAAAUAUAAUUCAAAGCAAAAUUAAUAUUAAAAAAAAAAAAUUAUAAAAAAUAUAAAAUUAUAAACCCGAGCAAUCACUCAUCCUGGAAAGCUGUUCAGCUGAAGUUUCGGUAUAACAAAAGAAAAUAUUUAAAUCUAAAAUUUCUUAAGUCAAAUAAGCCGUACAUCAACAGCUAAGAAAUUAACAUAAGAGAGCAUGGCAUAACAAAACAUAAUCAAAUAAAAAACCAACAACAUAAAACGAAAAUUUCUUAACGUUUAAGUCAAAUAAAAAGCUGGGAAAUUAACAUAGCAUAACAAAAUAUAACAUAACAAUAAAAUUUCUAAACGAGUAGGUCAAAUAAUCGUACAUCGUAAAAUAGAAAAUUAACUUAACAUAACAUAACAUAGCAUUACAAAACAUAAAGAAAACAACGUGAAACUAUAAUUUCUUAACGACUAAGUCAAAUAAUCCUACAUAACAAAACUUUAACAUAAUACCACCACAAAACGAAAAUUUCUUAACGGAUAAGUCAAUAACCGAACAUCAGAAGCUAGGAAAUUGACAUAACAUAACACAGUAUAACAAAACCUAACAUAAGGAAAUGUAACGUAACAGAACAUAAAAUACCAUAGCCUAACAUCUAAUAAUAUAAAGAAACUUAGCAUAACAUAUGACGACAUACAUACAUGACUUACUAAAUUAAAAUAAAGCCAAUACAAGAAAUAAAAACAUGACAGCAAGAAAAGGCGUGCUUUUUUAUAUUUCUUUUGCUAUAGUGUACUCUUGAUUUAUUGCACGAAAAUCAAAUAUAAUAUAUAUAUGGAAAAAGCCACAUGUUCUAUAUGAUAUGUUAUAAGAAAAACUAUGAACAAAUAUACUUAAGUAAUACAAAAAUUCUUUCAUUUUUUCGUGAAGAGAGUAAAGCAUCUAACAGUGAAUAAAACCUAACAUGCCGUAAAACUUAGGGUAACAUAACAAACAUAGCAAACAUAACAAACAUAUUAAACAUAAUAAUCAUAAGAAACAUAAUAAAGCCAACAAUCAUAGCAGAACAUAAAAAACAAUUUACUGUUUUUCUUAUAUAUAUAUAAUAUAUAUUUUAUUCAAUGAUCAUAAAGCAACAUUAGUGUUAAAUACAAUAACUGUGUCGCAAAAGAUAAAACGUCUCAAUUUCGAAAACAUCUAAACACAAAUUGCCAACGCUAAUCUUUGUUUUUUUUUUGUGUAAUUUGUGAAAAUUUGGCAAACAUUUGGUCGCUUUUAUUGUCGUUCUUUUAUAGUCGACAAAUGAAAUGCCCAUAAAUAUGGGCAAAUGAAUAAAUGAAAACCACAAAAGAAUUAUACCAAGCAACAGCCACUCAUCCAUCGUUCAACUGAACUGCACAAAACCUCAUCCCAGCACUUGGAAUUGGAGUUAUGCUUUUAUCCCCCACUUUGCGGCGAAGUGAAUGUAAACAGAGACGUUGCAUGCAUAAAUUGAAAAGAAAAGUUUUUUUAUCGGAAUUUUUCAACGCAUAAAGAGGAUAACAAAGGGCAAAUGAACAGCAGCAGCAACAACAACAGCAGGCAUCCCAAUUGAGGACACAUUUGGCCAAUUAAGUGAAAGCGCUGAGCCAAACAUAAAUAAUCACACAUCCAUUCACUGUGGUGAGGUGAGGUGCUGAGGGCAGCAGGCAAAACGAUUGUGCUGAACGAACGUUUAGCGGUUGACUAACGGCAUUUGCAAAAGCAAACAGAAAAAGAAAACAUUUACAACAAUGGCCUUCCUCUUCGAGCCAUUUCAAUCCAAUAAUCAAUAUCUGCGUGAAUUUCUGUCGCAUCUUUAUCUCAACUGCUUGGUUCGCUAUCAGAAUGAGACCGGUUUGGCAGCAAAUGAUACGGAUGAGGAAGCCAACGUCAUUGGCGCACCAGGUUACCUCGAAGACGCCAUACUCAGCGAGGGCACCAUCGACUUGGCGAAUGUGGACGAAGCGAAAGUGGAGCAAAAGGAGCUAUUCGCCUACAUCUCCAGGCAUAAUUUAAAGCCAACAGCAAGCAAUGUAAACGAGACGCAUAGCAGUAAUUCCACUACACAUUUCUCCUCAACAUCUUCUUCGGCCACCCACACACCUUCUUCCACUUCCAGCGCACAGCUCCGCUUUUGCCCUCUGAGUUUCGAUGGCUAUCUCUGUUGGCCGCGUACACCCGCCGGCACUGUGCUCAGUCAAUAUUGUCCAGAUUUUGUGGAAGGUUUCAAUCGAAAAUUUCUGGCGCAUAAAACCUGCUUGGAGAACGGCACCUGGUACCAUCAUCCAGUCAGCGGCCGCGAGUGGUCCAAUUAUACCAACUGUAUUGAUUAUGACGACUUGGAGUUCCGCAGAUUUGUAAACGAGCUGUACGUGAAAGGAUAUGGGGUCUCCUUAAUCUCCUUAAUGCUCUCACUUAUCAUCUUUCUUGGCUUUAAAUCCUUACGUUGCACCCGCAUACGCAUACACGUGCAUUUGUUUGCCUCCCUGGCAUUCACUUGCAUCGCCUGGAUACUCUGGUAUAAAUUGGUGGUCGAGCAACCGGACUUAAUAGGAAAUAAUCCGCCCUGGUGUAUUCUGCUACAUUUGGUCGUACACUAUUUUAUGCUGGUGAAUUACUUCUGGAUGUUUUGUGAGGGGCUCCAUUUGCAUCUGGUACUUGUAGUGGUUUUCGUUAAGGACACCAUAGUGAUGCGUUGGUUCAAACUGUUUGCCUGGAUGUCACCACUACUCUUUCUGUUGGCCUAUGGUUUGGCACGAUUUUUUCACACUGACGAUAAUUUACACUGUUGGAUGGACGACAGUUUCCUGCUCUGGAUCUUAUCUGUGCCCAUCUGCGCAUCGCUAUUGGCCAGUUUCGUUUUCCUCGUCAACGUUUUACGGGUUAUUGUGCGUAAAUUGCAUCCACAGUCAGCACAGCCAGCACCGUUGGCCAUAAGGAAAGCCGUGCGGGCUACCAUAAUACUGAUCCCACUUUUUGGCCUGCAGCACUCUCUGCUACCCUAUCGGCCAGAUAGCGGCACGCCAUUGGAACGUUUCUAUCAAAUACUUUCCGUGAUCUUAGUGAGCCUACAAGGAUUUGUCGUUUCGUUUCUCUUCUGCUUUGCCAAUCAUGAUGUCACAUUCGCCAUACGCAGCCUAUUGAAUCGUUUAAUGCCAGGAUUGGUGUCCCCACCACCACCGGGAACGCAUACUGGACAAAUGGCUACGACAACGCCAAGUCGUGAGUUGGGAGUGUAAGUUUCACCUGGUGAUAUGGCAGUGCCAGGAGAAGAAAAGUAGAAGAAAGCAAAGGAAAGAAUAAAUGAAGAGAAGGCUGAAAAGGAAGUUACAAGGAUGCUUCAAGAGCAAACAGGUGGAAGAAAGCAAAUGAAAGUGUAGAAGAAUAAAGUAUGAAAAGAAGAAGGGAAAGUUGAGAAUGCACUGAAAAUAGUGCUUAACAACCGGCUGCUGUAGAAGUAGAAGCAGGAGAAGACAGAGCAGCAUUCAGCUCUGUCAAGUAGAAGGCGGAAAGUAUGUGGAAGGCACACAUUCAUGUACACUUGAGCUUACAUAAUUAAGACACUUUAUCUUUGUGAAUUAUUUGUAAUACAAAAAUGUGUUUCAUUGUGCAAUAAAAACAUUGUAUACAAAAAAAUUCUGAGAAAUCGGCGUGAUUUUUGAGCGACUACAAAUUCAAACUUCGUUAUACUAAAAUUAAAUGGGCUAUAAAACUGCAUACCCAGAGGUUCUAUAGAGAUUCUGAAUAAAAGUUGAAGACCUUGUGAUAUUUUCUCAAUUUUUGUGAAUUUCGUAUACAGUUUGGAACUUUUAUUUACGGGGUUUUUAUUUUAGAAUGAAUUAAAUUUUCAUAAAAAAUGUAUAAGAAAAAAAAUUACAAAAAAAAAAAUUAUAAAAAAAAUGUAUCAUGGAAAAUAUUUAUUGUAAGAAGAUAAAGUGACCUAAUCACAUAAGCGCAAGUGCAUACGUACAUAAACAAAAGUACAAGGAAAAAUUUAGUCUUUGUAUAUUGACAGUCAUGGACUCAAAGCCCCAGCUACACAUUUAUGAAUUUGUACUCCAUGGUAAUUUUUUGAUAAAGAAGCAUUUUUUUCAUUUUUUUUAAUUUUUUUUUUAAAUACUAUACAUUUUACUUCAUUUUUUUUGCUUACUAUUACGAUUUAUCUUUCAAAGUAUAU